GUCUGUCUGUCUGUGUAACUAAAUUAAUGCCUAUCCCCCUGAACGUAUAGAGCUAAAUGUUAGCCCAUACUUCUCAAGCUUAGAUUACAAGAAGAUAACACAGAACUGGGGAUGUUGAAAAAAAAAAUGUUUGGCAGAAACCAGGUCACCACUAAAAUCAAAGUCAACAUUCAGUUCAUUAAAAAACAAACCGCAUUCUCCUUAGAGCCCUUCUUUUUUUUUAAUGCUCUGUAGACGUUCUACCCCUGCCCACCAGGGCUGUGGUCAACAGGCGGCAUGGAUUUCUCAGGAAGCAUUAGGCUAAACAAAAGCGAAUUGGUCAGUUGAUGAGGCUUUCCCAAUGGAAUUGUUUUUCCAGGAACUGCAUUCUUCCUGUCAAUCUUGCUGCUCCUCCAGCUUAUAUAUAGGAGUUCAACACGGGAUGAAACCUUCAAGGAGUUAGCGUGAAGUUCAUCACUGAGACUGGUACGCCUUAGCAAUAUUGCAUAACGGAUGUUUCUGUUGGGAUGGUUACUGUGGCGGCAGUCUCUGGCAUGGGCUGAAGCUUAGAUCUGCAGAUCGUCAGAGCCAUCAGCACGAGCCGGCUAAUUGCUCCUUUGACGUGACUUGGUGGGUUUACGCAAAGGCGGGCUUCUUCUGAAAUUUCCGCUUGGCUAGCCUGGCAGGAAGGCAGGGCACACAGGGAGUGAGACAAUCUGGUGUCCCCUGAUCACGGAUUCGAUAGGCUCGUUGGGUACGCAGCUAAACAUUCUUGUUGUUUAAUCGGUCUCCUGAACCGUCAAAGCCAAAAAAAUGACAGUGUGAGAUAUCUUUGGAAAAUGGAAUAAGGAGCAUGACCACGUACAGUCAGGUGGCAAUGGAUGUUUUUUUUCUGUACUGUACCACAACACAGGAAUGAAACUCCUGUUACCGACUGGGAAAACCUUCUGUAGUUAAGAAAUCGAGAGGACGCAAGUAAAGCAGGAACUGUUUGUCUGGUCAGUGUGAGAUGGCCUAGCGACGAUGUCUCAGCUGUUCUUCCGCCGCUCGGACAUCUCGUCGUACCGCGACCGCAUCCCCCUGCGCAUCGUGCGGGCGGAGUCGGAGCUCUCCGCGCAGGAGAAGGCCUACCUGAGCGCGGUGGAGAAGGGCGACUACGCCAGCGUCAAGCAGGCCCUGGAGGAGGCCGAGAUCUACUUCAAGAUCAACAUCAACUGCAUCGACCCGCUGGGCCGCACCGCGCUGCUCAUCGCCAUCGAGAACGAGAACCUGGAGAUCAUCGAGCUGCUGCUGGGCUUCAACGUCUACGUGGGCGACGCCCUGCUGCACGCCAUCCGCAAGGAGGUGGUGGGGGCCGUGGAGCUCCUGCUCAACCACAAGAAGCCCAGGGGGGAGAAGCAGCAGGUUCCGCCGAUUCUGUUGGACAAGCAGUUCUCGGACUUCACCCCCGACAUCACCCCCAUCAUUCUGGCGGCGCACACCAACAACUAUGAGAUCAUCAAGCUGCUGGUGCAGAAGGGCGUGUCCAUGCCCCAGCCGCACGAGGUGCGCUGCAACUGCGUGGAGUGCGUGUCCAGCUCGGACGUGGACAGCCUCCGCCACUCCCGCUCGCGCCUGAACACCUACCGGGCGCUGGCCAGCCCCUCCCUCAUCGCCCUGUCCAGCGAGGACCCCUUCCUCACCGCCUUCCAGCUCAGCUGGGAGCUGCAGGAGCUCAGCAAGGUGGAGAACGAGUUCAAGUACGAGUACGAGGAGCUGUCGCAGCAGUGCAAGCGCUUCGCCAAGGACCUGCUGGACCAGACCCGCAGCUCCCGCGAGCUGGAGACCAUCCUCAACUUCCGCGACGACGUCAACCUCCUGGAGGAGGAGACCAACUGCGACCUGGCCAGGCUGAAGCUGGCCAUCAAGUACCGCCAGAAGGAGUUUGUGGCCCAGCCCAACUGUCAGCAGCUGUUGGCGUCUCGUUGGUAUGAUGAGUUUCCAGGUUGGAGGAGACGACACUGGGCGGUGAAAUUUAUGACCUGCGUCUUCAUCGGACUCAUGUUCCCCCUCUUCUCCCUCUGCUACCUCAUCAUUCCCAAGAGUCGCUACGGCCUCUUCAUCCGCAAGCCCUUCAUCAAGUUCAUCUGUCACACGGCUUCCUACUUGACCUUCCUCUUCCUCCUCCUCCUGGCAUCCCAGCACAUCGUCUCCACAGACCCCUUCCGCCAAGGCCCUGCUCCCACCGCUGUGGAGUGGAUGAUCUUGCCCUGGGUCCUGGGUUUCAUUUGGACGGAGAUCAAACAGAUGUGGGACGGUGGGUUUCAGGAUUACAUCCACGACUGGUGGAACCUGAUGGAUUUUGUCAUGAACUCCCUGUACCUGGCCACCAUUUCGUUGAAGAUCGUCGCAUAUGUAAAGUACAGGAGCUGUAAGCCUCGUGAGGACUGGGAGAUGUGGCACCCGACACUGGUGGCGGAGGCCGUGUUCGCCAUCGCCAACAUCUUCAGCUCGCUGCGGCUCAUCUCCCUCUUCACCGCCAACUCGCACCUGGGGCCGCUGCAGAUCUCGCUGGGCCGCAUGCUGCUGGACAUCCUCAAGUUCCUCUUCAUCUACUGCCUGGUGCUGCUGGCCUUCGCCAACGGCCUCAACCAGCUCUACUUCUACUACGAGACCGACGAGAAGAAGGAGUGCAAGGGCAUCCGCUGCGAGAAGCAGAACAACGCCUUCUCCACCUUGUUCGAGACCCUGCAGUCGUUAUUCUGGUCCAUAUUUGGACUCAUCAGUCUGUACGUGACCAACGUCAAGCCCGACCACAAGUUCACGGAGUUUGUUGGCGCCACCAUGUUCGGCACGUACAACGUCAUCUCCCUGGUGGUCCUCCUGAACAUGCUCAUCGCCAUGAUGAACAACUCCUAUCAGCACAUAGCAGACCACGCCGACAUUGAGUGGAAAUUUGCGCGGACAAAGCUGUGGAUGAGCUAUUUCGAAGAAGGAGGCACUCUACCGUCUCCUUUUAACAUAAUCCCCAGCCCCAAGUCCGUAUGGUACCUCAUCAGAUGGCUAAAGAAUCAAUUUUGCAAAACAUCAAGAUCCAGAAGACCGGAAAGGUUUGGAACCUUAGGGAGACGGACAGCAGAAACCUUGAGAAUAAACCAUCAGUAUCAGGAGGUGCUGAGAAAUCUGGUCAAGAGGUAUGUGGCUGCAAUGAUCAGGGAUGCCAAAACAGAGGAGGGGCUGACCGAGGAAAAUUUCAAGGAGCUGAAGCAGGACAUCUCCAGCUUCCGGUAUGAGGUUCUGGGGCUGAUGAAGCACAACAGGCCCUCCAGCCUGGGGGGCAAACUCGGCGUGAGUUCGUCCAGCUUCGUCUAUCCCGACCACCCCUUCAGGUACUCCCCAGCAUGCACCGCUGCCCAGGAUAAGGGCACGCUGACCCUCUACAGCGGCACCAGCCUGCUCCAGCAUGGCGACGCGGCUGCCGGCGGCUCCGAGGCUCACGGCGGGCUGUCCAACGGUUUCCCCACCUCUGGCCCCUCCCCCUCCCCUGGCCCCGCCCCGAGUACCGGUGACAACACCUCGUCCUCCAAGGAGAAGUUGCCCCGGAAGGACUUCCCGAAGGACAUCACCGACUUGAGGCUCUUCCAGAAGAGUCACAAGAACAAGAGCCCGGGUUUGAGCCCCUGCACCAUAUACUCUGUCUCUGAGGAGGAGGGGGAGUCCGACCCGGAGGACCCGCCCUGCCGAGACGAGGAGGGAGAGGAGGAAGGGGAGGAAGAGGAGGCGGCGAGUCAGGAGGAAGCAGAGGUGGAGGUGGAGGAGGCGAAGGAGAUGGACAGGUUUCUGCAGGGGCAGACUCCUGAGGAGGAAACUCGCGUCUCCUCUUCAGAAGGGGGUUCGACCCUCACCUGAUUCCACAGGAGACUUCCUUUUCUCUGCCAGUGUGUCCCAGGGAUUCCUUGACUGCUCUCAGAACGAGGUGCGGACCGGAAGAGAUCGAUGCCUGUACAGUUUGGGGGUGGCGAAGUUGGAAAAAAACGUUUUCUGUAUCUCUAGAAAUGUGUGUUUUUUU